GGAAGACGCACAAAGGCGCAGACUCCGUGUCCCCGGAGGACAGCCUCCAACGUCUGUGCAUACACGGCUGUGUCAUGGAUUUGGCACGAAGGCCUGUUUUUCUCCGUGGCUGCAGUAAUGUGUCGAGCUGGCUGCCGCGUCGCCUUAUCCAAGCAGCUGGAGGCCUGCUCUAUUUUUGAAGUGUUCGGAGGCCCGUUGUCUGUGUGUUGUGCCGUGUGUAUGUGGUGAGGCUUCGCGUUUCCGGACUGGGCCUACAAGCCGGAGUCGAGCCCCGGGUCACGGCAGAUCCAGCUCUGGCACUUCAUUCUGGAGCUGUUGCGGAAGGAGGAGUACCACGAUGUGAUCGCAUGGCAGGGCGACUACGGCGAGUUUGUCAUCAAGGACCCCGACGAGGUGGCCCGGCUGUGGGGGGUCCGCAAGUGCAAGCCCCAGAUGAACUACGACAAGCUGAGCCGGGCGCUGAGGUAUUACUACAACAAGCGCAUCCUCCACAAGACCAAAGGCAAGAGGUUCACCUACAAGUUCAACUUCAACAAGCUGGUCCUCGUUAACUACCCCUUCAUCGACAUGGGUGCCCCUGUUCCCCAGAGUGCGCCGCCGGUCCCCUCUGCGGCCUCGCACUUCCGCUUCCCUCCAGCCGCGCCGCCGGAGGUGCUCUCGCCCUCCGAGGAGCUGCGCUCGCCCGCCCCCUACACGGCCGUGGCCCGCCGGCUGGCCCGCGGCUCCGUCAGCGACUGCAGCGACGGCGCCUCCGCCACCUCGGAGGUGGAGGAGGCUUCUGUCACCGAGGAGCGUCGGGCAGGCGAGAUGAAUGGCUUCCGGCCGGCGGGCGGAGGUGGAGGAGGCGGCGGCGGAGGAGGAGGUCCCCCGGCGCCUCACAGCAUUUUCCGCCUCUAUCCCAGACACCGCCUGCACCCGGAGGCACUCAGCCCCUUCCCCGUGUCACCCAUGGGCCCGGCGGCCUCGUUAUUGGCCCCCCCGCUCUCCCCGGCCCUCUCCGUCACCCCUACCCACCUGAGCUACACCCCCUCGCCCAGCCUCAGCCCCAUGUACCCGGGCGCCAGCCAUUUCUCCUUCAGCCCGGAGGACAUGAAACGAUACCUGCAGGCCCAUGCCCAGAGUGUCUACAACUACCACCUUAGCCCCCGCGCCUUCCUCCACUACCCGCCCACCACCGUCGUGGUGCCCCAGCCCCAGAGGCCCGAGGGUAAGGCCGCCCACCCCCUUGGCCCACCGGCCCCGCUCCCCUCUUCCCUGGGCCCCGAGGAGCCACAGGCCACCUUCCAGUUCAAGCUGCAGCCCCCCCCGCCAGGCCGGCGCCAGCGGGAGAAGGCACCACUGCCUCCCCAGUCCCAAUCCCAGGCCCGGCCUGACGAGGGCAGAGAGGGGCAAGAGGAUGCCGCAGCCGCGUGUGGUGGGCCCCUGCCCCGGAUCAAGGUGGAGCCCAUCUCUGACGAGGAGGAGGAGGAGGACGUGACGGUGGAAGUGACAGACAUCAGCGAGGAAGAGGAGGAGGUCUUCAAGACGCCGACUGCCCUGGAGACGGCUGCCACCGCCCAGCCGGCAGCUCCUGCUGCCCCGGCCAAGCCCCGCUCUCCAGCCCCGUCCCGGGACGGUUCCCGGACCGCCCCGCAAUGCAUGCCCCUCAAGCUGCGUUUCAAGAGGCGCUGGAGUGAGGGCGGACCACUGGAGGCCUCCUCUGCCUCCUCCACUUCCUCCUCCGAGGAGACGGACAAGAAGCCAAGGCCCGAGGAGCCGGCCCCUCUCCCCGGAGGGGGAGUGCGACGGGAGAGCACCGAUCUGCAGCGGGCCACUGCCGAGCUCUCACUGGAAAACAAGGAGUUGUGAUGGUGGUGUCUCCUGCCUGCCCCUCUGUCCCCACUCUCUCUCUCUCUCUCUCUCUCUCCCUCCUCCCAUUCGUUCCCUCCCAUCCUCCUCCCCUCCCCAAAAGCCAUGAUCAAUCGCCUUCACUUGACACCUCCUGGGUGCCUUAAAUCCUUGCGUGCCUCUUCACAGGCCCUCACGCACCAAUAUUUUGUUCUUUUUUUUGUUCUUAAUUUGAGGGAAACGGUGUAUUUUUUUAUCUGUAAAAUGAAAUCAAAAUCAAAAAUUCAAAAAAAAGAAUUGUUUACUGGCUUUUUAAAAUAAUAAUAACUUUUAUUUUCUCUCGGGAGGGUGUGGGUUGGGGACUAGAUCUCUCUUAGGCCCCUUUCUCACUACGUGCCCCCCCUCCUUUUUUUGGACACGUCCUUCAUCCUAGGCCCAGACCUCAUGAGGUGACUCCUCAUUUGGGUAGGAGAGGGAGGGGUGUAAAAAUAUUGGCCUCGCUUGCAUUUAUAAAGCCCUCCUCUCCUCUCUGAGGCCUAAAUUAAUGGGUUUGUGGCUUUUGAGCUCCCACUCCCCCAGCAGAAGGGUGGGAGAACCUGUCUUUGGGGCAAUUAUGCCUUGGGUAUCUGGCCCAGUCUGGCCUUUUGAUGCCAGCCAUGCAGUUUGGACUCUGAAUCUCCACUCCCAGGGACCGCUGGGGUCGGUCCUCUGGACCCAUUUCUUCCUGGGCGAGGCGGGUGGCGUUGAUGGGAUGGAGUGGCGAGGUGGCUGAUUGGGUUUUUAAUUCUAGAAAUGUUUUAAAUUCUAUUUAUAAAACCAAACAUUUUACUACAUUGGUAGGGAAGGGUCUUGAAGUGGGGGGGGGGGGUUGCAAGUGGUGAGACGGGGUGGUGGGGGCAUCUAACCAGCAAAAUUUGUCCUGGGCCAAGUGGGGGGGGGGGGUUAGAGGAUGGGAAAUUGAGAGGAUGUAUGGGAGGAGAAAAGGAGGGGCAGUAGAUGGGAGGUCAGUGGAAAGGGGGAUGGUUUGGAGUGUGAGAGAGAGAGAGAGAGAGAGAGAGAGAGAGUAAAGAGGGAUUAUCAAAAUGGAAGGCUACUGAGAUUGAGGGAGUGAUUAGGUGCAGGCUGCAGAAGGGAGGGAAGGGAUGGGAGGGCUUGAGGAGGGAAGGAAGGCAAAAAGGAGUUAGGAGAGGAGGGAAUGGGAGGCUAGGAAGGGAGGGAUCAGGAGGUGAGGGGAAGGUAAGGAGGGGGGCAUGGGAAGUGAGGAAAGGGGUUGGGAAGGGUGGGGAGGAGGGGGGUGUAAUGUUCUGACAAUCACUUUAUAACCAUGUAUAAGCUUCUACUAAAACUGACGUGACUGGGGUGGGGAGGCUCUGGCUGACACUCGAGGCCUGGUCCCACCUCAGACCCAUCUCCCUGCCCCUGCUGGGGUCCAGGGAACAGGGGAGGGUGUUGUAGAAACCUCUCUUGUAACUGCUCCCUCCCACCAACUCGUCCUCCGUCCCUCUCCUCCACCUCUCCCUCCCUCACAUCACCUUUCUCCAUAUCAUCACCCCUCACUCUCCGACCUUUCCGGGUGACCAACCUCUGUCCUCCCUGCCUGUCUGUUUCUGAUACGGUUCAGUCACCUUUGUAACUCUCCACACCUCCCAUCCCUAUCUCUCUUCCUCACCCUUCGUCUUUCUGCCCCUCCUCUCCCUAUCACAUUUCCCUUCUCUCCCUGACCCACACCCAUCUCUACCUCCCGGAUACUGCUGAUACUCUACCCCUUCCUUUCCUUCUCUGUGCCUUGGGUGGUACCUCUCAAGCGCAGAGGUACCCGACAAAAUUACCCCACCAAGCCCAUGGAGUCAGACCCUGUGCCCCUCCCACGAAUGCACUGCCACACAAGAACAGUCAAUGCCAGCCCAUUGUGGGAGUGGGGGCUGUGGUGGGGAGACAGUACUGACCUUGAUUUUUUUUUUUUGGUGGGGGUGGGGUUCCUGCCCACUUUUGGAGUCCGGGAUCUCUCCCCGGGACCGUUGAGUGUCCUGGGCCCUACCCCUAUCCCUCUGCUUCUGCCUUCUGGGCUCAGAAGUUUGGGGGUGAAGCAGAGGGGGUCUUUGACUUGACCCUCUCCCACCUCCAAGUGGACGUAGGAGGAGAUUGUUCCAAGCCCUUCGGGAUUUAGUCGCACCCUCCUCCAUCUCCUCCUCUCUUCUCCCAGGCCUACCUCUGAGGCCUAUGGGUGCCCCUUGCUACCCAUCCGCUCGCGAACGUUUCCUCCACCAUCACCUCAAGCUGUCCGGUGAGGUGUGGAGCGCAGUUGGAUAGGGAGCCCCCUCACCCAUUUCCCCAUCCGCUUGCCCUCUUAUUUGCCGAUGGGGCAGUUCCGGCCUUGGGGCCUAGGCCCCAGGGGUUUCUCCAGCAAUGGACACGGCACUGUGGGGCAGUGGCAAUGUUGGUCUCAGGCUGCCCUUCUCACUUCAGAAUGGGGCGAGGAGGGGGCAAAUAUGGCUCCUUCCCCCCCGCCUUCCCUGAUAGCCAACCUGUUCCUCCCACCCCACUAUUGCUCUGAGUAAUAGGCUCCUGCUGGCAUGUUUCUUCCCAGGGACGAUGUGACAGAGACGGUGGUGGGAGCGGGGGGUGAAUGCCGUACGGGACGGGGUUUGUGCCAGGGUCCCGGGGUUGGGUUUCCAUCUCACUGCCUGGGAAAACAGCCCCACACUGGCCCCUCGCCCACCCUCUCCCUAACCCCGUUCCCCGCACAUCCCCGUUCUCCCCCUACCUCUCCUCUCUCAGGUUAAAGACCCUGCCUUAGCUAACGUAACUGUAAAUAGACAUACACGCAAAAUGAUUCGCGGUUGAAAGACUGUAUCAUAAAGAAUAAACAGAUUUGACAUUUAUGGAUCCA